UACAAACAAUAGCUGCACUCUUCCUGCCCAUGUGAAUCUCCACCAGAUACCCGGGCUAAUACCAGAGCAUUAUUGUCAGUUGAACCAGUACAAUCUCCUCCUCCACCAACAGAAGAACACAUAACUCAAUAUUCUUGCAUUACAGAUUCUGGUCUGGAGUAUUUCAAGUUGACAAGUGACCACUGUCUCUCCAUUAUGUAUUUUGCAGUCUUUGUGAUUAUGCUGGUGCUUGGCUGUUCACUGGGCACAACGCUUGUCCUCCAUCCCCCUGAAAAGGAUCAAGCUGCAGCUGCUGUUGCACCUGGAUUGGAUAACUUCAAAUCUGAUAGGUGUCAUGGAGAGUCAUUACGAGCCAUAAGAAAGGCUCUUCUCAGGAAACUAAACCUGGAACAAGAGCCCCAGAUAGGGGCUGGCAGACUCACUGCCAUCAGAAAGCAAUGGAAAACUGCCUUCAAUGCCAUCUCUCACAACACCCUGGUCAAAGCAGCCCCACGCCAGGCUGAGGUUCCUGGACCUGAGACUAGUGCUGGUCUGCAAUGUUGUCAGCUUGUCGAACAAAUCUCCCUGAAAGGUGCAUAUUUUGCUGUAUCUCCAUUAGAUCUCGGCUGGGAGAACUGGGUAAUUUACCCUGAGAGCUUUACUUAUGUACACUGCUCUCUCUGCAACUCCCAAAUGGGUUCCUUGCGCUGCACAUCCCAGACUUCAACUGGACAGGUUACCCCAUUCAAGAAAUCUUGCUGCAAGGCCACAUCUCAGGGACAUGUCCCCUUCCUUUACAUGGAUGAGUACAACGCCCUUACCAUCUCCCCAGUGCAGCUCAUCCGUACCUGCGGCUGUAGCCCAGACAAUCCCCAGCUGUCGAUUCAGGACUGAGCAUCGAUCAGCCCCCCCGCCUCCAAAUCACUGGUCUUGCAUUUUCUAUUUUUGAAUAUGGUUGCAACAUUCCAGUAAAUAUCCCAUAUUUCUCAGAUUUCCAGAAUUUAAAUUUAGAAGAUUCAAAGAAUCCAGAGAGAAAUAAACAAUGUAUAAUUUUAAGUACAUUCAUCAUUGCAGCAUUUUAGAAUCUUUAGACUUUGCUCACAUGUCCUGCUGUAUGCUCUCUUUUCCAAAAACUGUGAUUCUUUUUCUGGAAUACAGAAAAGAUUAAGCUGUCAGUCUUGGAUAAAUAAACAUUGGCAGAAGUGCUUGAUGAAAUUUCAUAUGUGCUUUGAGGCUAUUUUUGACAGUGAUAUUUCACAACCCUGAAGCAUUAGACUGGCAAAGGAUUAAAGCAUUCUGCCUGUUCCCCACAAAAAUGUAAACAUUGUCCUAGCUUCAAAAGCUCACUUGGCGUGUGGACGUCAUCUGCGGCUAUGCAAUAACAUCAGAGCUCUCAUCUAAAUUGUUUCCAAGGGACCCGAUUAUGCAUUGAACCAGUUCUCUAAAAUGGUAUAACAAUAAAAGCAAAAUCCAGUGUAUUCUUGACUGUAAAUAAUCAAAUAUUCUAAUCCAAAAGUGUAUAUCUUAUUUUUCCAUCCCUUUAUUAUGCUUUGUCUGUGUAUUUUCAAGUUCAACUUGCCCUUUGAUUUGCUACUUUUUUUCAUAGGCAUUCUGUGCUGGCCUCCUGAACAAGCUCCAAAGUUCACAAUGAAUUGAUAGGAGUUUUUGGGCAUAGAGACAGCAUGGGCAUAGAGACAGCAGGGAUGCUGAUGUCUCCAAAUACAUUUAAUUUGACAUAUUUAGUUCCCAUGUGCCAUUUUUGACCCUACUGUGUAUAGGUUUUUCUGAUGUUGGCAUUUAUGUUAAGUUUUGAAAAAUCAUGUGUUGCCUCUUUCCUGUUUUUUUCUUUUUACUAUGUUCAGCAGAACUUGGUGGUAUCAGCCAUUACGUUAAAUGCAUUACGAGGAUGCGGUCGUUUGGGCUAUUUUUGCAGAGGUAGACAGAAAUCACGUAUGUCUGUAAAUAUAAAACAGUUUGUGGAGGUUUGUGGUAUAGAUUAAUCGAUUAGACACAUAGCUGAAUUCGUCUUGAGUCGUCAGUGGUGGUUGUGUCAUCAUAUAAACAACGGCAUAAACAAAUAUUUGUAGCUACAAACUCAAAUGUAGCCUGGAUAGAAUCAGUAGAGUAGAGAUAUGUUUAGUUUAGACGCCCACACGACAUGCUAUUAACCCAAAGGUACGCUAGGAGUAGCUGGUCAAAUGGAGUAUCGCCUCCAAAUCCCCUCCAUAUCACCUGCACUUACUAAUAAAUCCCUUAAAAAAGUUAGAUUUUGCUCUAGGAUGUCCAUAAGUUCUUCUACAUGGGUAAAGGUAUACAUGCUACACUUUUGGAAAAUUUGGUUCAAACUGUUUUAUUUUUUCAAAAAGUAAAAUAAAAUCAUGAUAGGUAUACACCUUUUCUUUUGCAUAUAAUACUGCUAACUGGAAUGUAAAGAAAAUAUAACAUUAACACAUCUUUUUGUAUGUUUAUCUGAAAUUCCCACUUUUUCAUAGUAUGCUUUCUUUAUACUGUUUAUCACCAUGGAAUGUAAUGCACCUUACAUUAAGUCACAACUUUCACUAACAAGUUUAAUUUUUAAAUAUGGGUGAAAGUAUAAAUGAUCACACAGUUAAAUCAUUUGUAUCAAUUAUACUCUCUCAUAUGACUAAAUCCUCUAUUAAAGGCCAUUCAUAUAA